UGAAGCAAGGCAGAGGGAGAUUUCUGUGAAUGAAGCGAUGACACAGGAAGGGAAGGUUGACAGCUGAGCAGAAGCCUAAGGCUGAAAGAGAGAGGAGGAAGAAUGAAAAGAAAAAGAAGGAUACAAAUGCAUGCUCAACCUCCAAGCUGGGACUUGCUGGAGGAAGGACAACCAGGGGUGUGGUCUUCCUUCCUCCAACAAGUCCCAACUUGGAAGUUGACUGGAGAAACCCAGGUUGUGUGUUUGUGCAUGCAAACAGAGCCGGCCUGUCUGCCACUCCCCUGCUCUUCCAUUUCUCAAUCUCAUUCCAGCUUCCAGUCUAGACAAGCAAAGAAAGAGCAGUAAGAGAAGCAAAGACUUUGCAUGAAAAGGACUGGGUAUGAAGGCACUAAUCCAGCAAAGGCAGGAGACACUGACCCAUCUGUGACCUGAAGUGGAUGGCUAUUCCCCCAUGGCGUCCCCAUUCCAUCUGCCUAAUGCUACCACCAAUCAUUGCCUCCUCACAUCAGGAAACAGCACCCUCCUGAGUUCCUCAACCUCCAGCAUGACCGGAAUUGUGUUUCUCCUCCUGGCUGCCCUGAUUGGGCUGCCUGGGAACUUCUUUGUGAUUUGGAGCAUCCUUUGGAAAAUGAAGCCAAGCCAUCGCUCAGUCACCUGCCUUCUUGUCCUAAACUUGGCAGUGGCAGAUGGACUGGUUCUUCUCCUGACACCUUUCUUCAUCCUCUUCCUUGUCUUCAAGAACUGGCUGUUUGGCUGGGCCAUUUGCAAAGGGGUGUACUAUUUGUGUUGCAUCAACAUGUUUGCUAGCAUCUUCAUCAUCACCCUCAUGAGUGCAGACCGCUGCUUGGCUGUCAACCAGCCCUAUUAUUCCCAAGCCAUCCGGAAGAAGAAUCUGGUGGUCAAGAUCUUGGUGGGGAUUUGGCUGGUGGCCAUUUUGUUAUCUUUGCCAGCCUUCUUCUUCCGCCAGGUUUUGAAGGAACGCUCAUUGGGACAUCACAUUUGUGAGCCUUGUCACUCCAGGCCAAGCCUGGCCAUCUUCCACUUCACCAUGGAGACAGUGGUGGCCUUUGUGAUUCCAUUCACCAUUAUUGUUGGCUGUUACUCUGCCAUUCUGAUCCGCCUCAGGGGAGUGCGGAAGAGAAAAGGUGCUCGGACCGAGAAAUUGAUUGUUGCCAUUGUGAUCUGUUUUGCUGUCCUCUGGAUGCCCUACCACAUCAUCAACAUGAUCCAGGUGGCUUCCAAUCUAACCUCAGGGCAAGCAGCAGAGCGACUGGGGCAGGCCUGGAAGAGUGGGCGAGCAGGGGCCACGGCCUUAGCAUUCUUGAGCAGCAGCAUCAAUCCCGUGCUCUAUGUCUUUGCUGCUGGGAACCUCAUCAAGACUUCAGGUGCCAAUUUCAUUGCCCAGUUCUUCGAGGGAGCAUCCGAUGGGCUUGGACGGAGGUCUCAGUCUCAGAAAAACCUGGACAAAGUCUUAGUAGCAGCAGCUGGGGCAUCUGUAAACCUGGACCAGCAACCAUUGGGAAAUUGUGAUGGGGUCGAGAAGGACACAGAUUGCAGAGUCAUUGAUGGCACAACAUAUAACAUUUCUUAGACUGAGUCACAACAUGGGGAACUCUAGAACUGCCUUAUGCUGGACCAGCUCCUCCAGCAUGUGAUUGUCAAUACUGACUGGGCAAAUGUUCUUCAGAACAUCAUGCAGAGGUCUUAUCCAAGUGAAGGAUUGCAACCAGGAUCAUUUGCAUGCAAAGUAUGAAUUCUGACUCUGUGCUACUUGCCUGCCCUUCAUGUGAAACUGAGGUUCAAAGAAAAGGCAUCAGUAACACUUCUACACUACAUGACAUGCACAACUAUUCUUUUCUCUCCUCCCCUUUUCCCUUUGUACCUAAAUUACUGCAAGUGUUGUUUGUUGCUUGGUUGGUUGGUUGUUUUUUUCAUGGCUGCAUUUUCCCCUGUUGCCACAUCCACUUGGAGAAAUCCAAUACCCUGAUUUUGGUUCUGUUUUUAUUUUCAUAGCUAGGCUUUAGGUUGAGUCUGCUGUUGAUCAGUACAGAGUGUGUCCCUGCUAGUAAAUAAGUUGUCCAUGAAUGAUUAGAUGCCAGGAUCCACUGCCUCUCUCUCCUUAACAAUUAUACAUAGGUUCCUUUCAGGGAAUAUUUGGGUACUAAAAAAUAAAUGCAAUUUCUCAAAUACCUUAAGGUUAAAGUAAAGCAAAACUCUUGAAAAUUCACUGAAUUUUGGGGCAUCUGUAAUGACCCAUGAAGAGGAACAACAGUUUGGGGGAGGAGGUCCACUGGGCGUCAUCGCACAUGUUUUAUGUGUGUCGCCUAUGCAAUGCUUAUAAAACCAGGCAGCUAGUUGGAUAUAGGAGAGCCAUUUUUAAGGCCCCGGGCUAGAAACCCGGAGACCUGUGAGUUUUAGUCCUGCCUUUAGGCACAAAGCCAACUGAGUGACCUUGGGCCAAUCAUUUUCUCUCAGCCCUAGGAAGGAGGCAAUGGCAAACCACUUCUGAAAAACCUUGCCAAGAAAAGUACAGGGACUUGUCCAGGCAGUCUCCAAGAACUGGACAUGAUUGAAUAGCUUAAAAAAAAAUUAUAUAUAUGUACAUAUACCUCCCCAUGAUAAUUUAUACAUUCUUGAUCGGUAAGGGGUGGCGCUGGGUUUUGAGUCUUUCAUGUGGCAGGGGGUUGUUAUAAGUUUAUGAUAAGAGACCGUAUUAUGUUAUUACCACAGAAUAUUUGCAGUCCUGCUUCUGAUAAGCUAAAAGGGAUCAAAGAAUUUCUGCAGUGAAUUCCUUCGUUAUCUGUUUGCAGGCAUAAUCCCUCCAACAUGCUCAUUUUCUGAAAAUAGAGUAAAGCGCUUGUCUUAGAAAAGGAGAAGGAGA